UGUUGGGAACUGAGACCCGUUCAACCCUGAUGAGCCAGAUGCCAACAUGGGCUAUGAAACUACAAAGCCGCUCGAAUCGCAGCUUCAACUGCCCAAAGGAUGAGUCCCCUAUGGCAGUCACCGGAAGGGCUGGAAAUUCAAUCAAUGGUACGCCCAUUGACAGUCAAGCGACUGAAUGAUUAUGGCGAACCCGACGCUGACAGAACAACAAACUUGACCAACACUUUGCUAAAGAAUAUGAGCGUACUUUCGGUCCGUGAUUUGACAGUGAAGAUAUGGUAUACUGCCAUUUCUCCAGGAGUUUUCGGUUUUUUUUUUUUUUUUUUUUUUUCCUUGGUCUUUUGGGACUCGCAGGGGGUAGCGAGCAUGGUUCUAGUGCGGGCUAACUAAUGAAGAUAACCAACCUUAAGAUGUAAAGUGUGGAU